UCGCUUUGAUCUCCGCAACCAGUCUGCAUUUUGAAGAGCCCUCCAGAUUUUAACAAGUUUUGCGAAUUUAGGAUUCAUCAGGAACUCUUCAUCUGGAGGCUGGAAAAACAGUGGCAACAGGGGUUUCAAAUCCUGAGUACUCUUCAUAAAGAGGCUGGAAAAACAUUGGCAACAAAGGUUUUAAAUCCUGAGUGCUCUUCAUCUAGAGGCUGGAAAACCAGAAAGCAACAAAGGCUGAAAAAUCCUGUUGAAAAAAACAGGAAAUUGAAAGGGGGGCUGUUAUCGGAUAAAAGCAACUAAUUAUCGAGAAUAGCCACUACUUACACAGCAGUAAUUAGUAAAUGCUGACAACUUUUAAAUGGAACUAACUGUCAUACUGAUGCAACUCGAAUGUGGAACCUCGGGUCGUUGCACUGUAAAAAUGUGAUAGCCAGGAUCAUUGCAGAAACUUAUGAUUUUAAAUACGUAACCAGCUGCGAAUGGUCGUGUGGAUUAAGUAGAGCAACCUCAAGCCUUAAUGCACAACAAUGACAUAUUAAUGUUGUCACCAACAGAGAGUGAUUGAUCAAAGGAAUACAAUUACAGGGGAAAACAUCUGGCAAUGGAUUGUACAUGUAUGGAGCUAGCACUAGAAGGGGAACGGCUCUGUAAGGCUGGGGAUUGCCGAACUGGCGUGCAGUUUUUUGAGGCAGCAGUAAAUUCGGGAACCGAUGAUCUCAAGACUUUGAGUGCUAUUUAUAGCCAAUUGGGAAACGCCUAUUUUUAUCUGCAAGAAUUUGGGAAAGCUUUGGAGUACCAUAAACAUGACUUGAAUCUUGCAAGAACUCUUGGUGAUCGUGUUGGAGAGGCGAAAGCUAGCGGGAAUCUCGGGAACACACUAAAGGUGCUUGGGAAAUUUGACGAGGCGAUUGUGUGCUGUUUGCGGCACUUGGAUCUGUCAAGGGAGCUAAAAGAUCGGAUUGGUGAGGCGCGUGCCCUAUACAACCUUGGAAAUGUCUACCAUGCAAAAGGGAAGCACACGGGAAGAAGUGGGAAUCAGGAUCCUGGGGAGUUCCCGUUUGAAGUCAAAGAAUGUCUGAUAAAGGCUGCUGAAUAUUAUGAGGCUAAUCUUAAUAUAGUCCAAGAGCUAGGAGAUCGAGCAGCACAGGGGCGUGCGUGUGGCAAUCUUGGUAACACUCAUUACCUCCUUGGGAACUUCAGCCAGGCAAUCAUCUAUCAUCAAGAGCGACUUGCAAUAGCUCGUGAGUUUGGUGAUAAAGCUGCCGAACGACGGGCCUACAGUAACCUUGGGAAUGCACACAUCUUCCUCGGGGAGUUUGAAGUAGCUGCUGAACACUACAGGAAAACUCUACAAAUUGCCAAACAACUGUGUGAUAAAGCAUUAGAAGCACAAGCCUGCUAUAGCUUAGGAAAUACUUACACAUUGUUAAAAGACUAUGAAAAAGCAAUUGAAUAUCACAUGAAACACUUAAAAAUUGCGCAAGAGUUAGAAGACAGGGUCGGGGAAGGCCGCGCCUGCUGGAGUCUUGGAAACGCCCACACGGCCCUUGGGCUAAACGAGGAAGCAAUAAAAUAUGCUAGCAAGCAUCUGGAGAUUUCAAAGGAGAUUGGUGACGAGACAGGGCAGGUAACAGCCCAGAUGAAUCUAGCAGAUCUGAAGUCAGUGCUUGGGAUAAAAGCGGGACCAGAAGGAGAAAGGCCAUCUCCUCUGGACCACCUAGAUGUUGGCAUGUACCGGAGGGCAGGAAUCUCACGUCGCCACAGCAUGGAACAAAUGGAGAUUAUGAAACUCGCGCCAGAUAAAAAAGGAGACACAACCGCAAAUCACGGGGGCGCUCGACCGAAGAUACCCAAAGUUCAGAAAUCCAUGACAGUUGCCUCGGAAACAAUUAUACCAAAGUCUCAAUCUUCAAUGAUAGAGACGCUAUCUCCUGAAGACGAUGGUUUCUUCGAUCUUCUUAGCAAAUUUCAAGGUCGUCGUAUUGAUGAACAACGGUGUAGUCUCACCAUUCCUGGGGAGAAAAACGGUAUCUCUACGUCAGAGAAUAAGGAGAAUGAACAAACUAAGGCUAAAAUGGUGUCUACUACAGACAGUGAAAACUUCUUGGACAUGGUGGCGGGAAUCCAAGGGUCUAGAAUGAACGACCAGCGAGCAACACUUCCCCAAUUCCCGGGACUCAAUUCACAGACUGUGAUCAACCAAUAUCUGCGACAGCGCAAUGUUCAGGACGUUCCAGACGACAAUUUCUUUGAAAUGUUGAUGCGUUGUCAGGGUUCAAGAAUUGAUGACCAGCGAAGUGCUUUACCCCACAAUCGACAAGCACCCACCGUUCCCGACGAAGAUUUUUUCUCGUUAAUACAGAAAGUUCAGUCGAGUCGGCUUGAGGAGCAAAGAACUAUUCUCCCGGAUAAAGAAGAAGAAAUACCCACAAAACAAUCUUCAAUAAAGAAAAAGAAGAAAUAAACAAUUAUUUUUCUAUUCUUUAUUUUAGAACAUUCAUGUCAGACAUUCAUGACUUAAGUUUAACUAGAAAAAUAAACUUAACUAUGUUUGUUCACAAAGUACACAAAAAUCACUCAUUCAAUGGUCAUAGACAAAAUCUCAACAAUUUAACUUGCAUUUCAUCCCAAUGCCAAAGAUAUACAGCAUAUAAUCAUGUUGAAUAAUUAGUUAUGAAGAGCACUAAAUCUAAUAAAUCCUCAUUGUUCA